AUGGGGACGGGUGAUGCCGUGGACAUUGAGACUGGCAGCGACCACAACCUUCACGGCCACAGUGGCGAUGUCAUGUCCCUCUCUCUGUCUCCCGUGACAUGCGCACCUUUGUCUCGGGCGCCUGUGACGGCUUCUAUCGCUUGGGACUCCGGGACAGCAGUGUCGGCAGACCUUCACUGGCCUGAGUCCGACAUCAACGCUGUCUGUGGCCGUUCCUCCUUGCUGGUACGACGAUUCAACUGCAACAUCGGGGACUCCAUGAGGGCGACCGGUCAGUGCACCCUUCCCUUCGGCCAGAGGUCAAGGCAGGCCUCGGAGGUCUGGAGAGGCCAGUCCCUCCUUGCAACGGCCAUCGGAGAGGUCAAGAGGCAGACGCAGCCAGACAUUCGCAGGUUCCUUCACCAGCUGGAGGUGAUCGAAAGCUACCUGCGCAGCAUCAGAGAGAUCCUGCGCGGCCACAAUGCCCAGGCGGACUUCCAGGAUUUGAACUCGACUCCCACCUUGAGCAUACAAACUGUGCAAAAGCUGUUCAGUGUCUACUCCAGUUUCCUGCGGGGCAAAGUCAACUUGUUUGUUUCCGGAGCGUGUCAAGGCAGCGGCACGUGACAACCCCCCAAAAAAUCCCUUCGUUUUCAUCCGGGGGGAAGGAUGUUGCCA